AUGGCUACUUUCUCUUGUCCGGUGAAUUCGUUUUUCUUCCGGUGUUGUUAUGGCUCGAGUUCAAACGGUAACCAUGGAGAUUAUAGAGUAAAUAUCAAUGUUAAUGGGAAUGCUUCUGCAGGGCCUUUUAAGCAUCAUGCAUUAGUGAAUGAAAUUUCUCUAAAAAAUACUUCUUUGGCUAGUAUCCAGUUCCUUGGAAACGGGCAUAUAAGCGAGGAGAAGAUUCGGCAGAGGAUUCCGACGAAGAAGCAGUUUGUAGACCCUAACCGUCAAGGGCUCAUCGUCGAAAGGGGAGUUGGAUAUAGACAGAAGGUAGUGAUCCGAUCUUACGAAGUUGGUGUCGAUAAAACAGCUUCAUUGGAAACCCUGCUUAACCUUUUCCAGGAAACAGCAUUGAAUCAUGUCUGGAUGUCUGGACUUUUAAGCAAUGGAUUUGGAGCCACACAUGGAAUGAUGAAGAACAACCUCAUUUGGGUUGUCUCAAGAAUGCACGUCCAAGUGGAUCACUAUCCAAUCUGGGGAGAGGUAAUCGAACUCGACACAUGGGUCGGAGCAUCGGGUAAGAACGGGAUGAGACGAGACUGGACAAUCAGGAGUCAAGCCACAGGCAUCACCUAUGCUCGUGCCACUAGCACAUGGGUGAUGAUGAACGAGCAAACGAGACGACUCUCAAAGAUGCCAGAUGAAGUGAGAGGUGAAAUUUCUCCUUGGUUCAUAGAGAAACAAGCAAUCAAAGAGGCUGUGCCAGAGAAAAUUGUCAAGCUGGACGAUAAAGCAAAAUACGUGAACUCAGACUUGAAGCCAAAGAGGAGUGAUCUGGACAUGAACCACCAUGUAAAUAAUGUCAAGUAUGUAAACUGGAUGCUGGAGACGAUCCCAGACAGAUUUUUGGAGUGUAAUCAGCUGUCGAGUAUUAUACUCGAAUAUAGGAGAGAAUGUGGGAGUUCGGAUCUGGUUCAAUCGCUUUGCCAACCCGAUGAAGACGAGAUUUUAUUCACAAAUGGAAUGGUGCAACAGAAUCUGCUUAAAAAUAAUGUUCUAGGAAUGGUGGGAGGAAAUGGACGGCCACUGGAUAUGAACACGGUGACGUAUGGAUAUACUCAUCUUCUUCGAACCAAAGGGGAGACUCGAAAUGAAGAGAUGGUAAGAGGAAGGACCAGAUGGAAACCAAAGAUUUGAUACACAUACAUGUAUAUGUAAAUAUGUUUGUACGUGUGUAUGACUGACAAGAACAAGGAAAUAAUAAUAUUAUUUAAAGAUGGAACGGUGAAAGGAAAUAAUUGAUUCAAGCAAAGGGCAUCUAGGCUUAAUUUGGGCUCAGAAAUCCCAGAGUUUGGUUGUGGCAAAGGGGAUGGGAAACUAAAUGGAGACCAUCUUAAUGGCAUGCCCGGAGCUGACUGCCAAGCAACGGAAACCCCGAGAGGAGCUGCUAUUUGCCUGGCGUCAAGC